GUGACGUCAGGCUAUAGAGAGAGCCUCUGUUGGACAGACUGGGAACGACGAACAGCUGAAAUGAUCGCCGAGUACCGUAGAGUGUGUGUAUGUGUGUGCGAGGCAGAGACUGUGUGUACUCGUGGAUAUAAUAUCACCUACCUGUCCCUGUCACUCUGCUACUCUCCUUGCUGCUAGCGAUAUCAAGCCGAGAUAUCUGUUUGCUUCGGCUUUGAGUGAAAGCCUUCCCUUUCCUCCGAUGCGGCUCAGAGAGGACUUAUUUUAAGACACAUUAAGCCAUCUGAGCACAGAGUUGCUUUACGAGAUAAUUGUAAGAGGAGCGACGCUGCUUGUAAACCUCAUCAUCCUGCACUCUGCAGACGCCACUUCAGUCGCCGUUUCUUUUUUUUCUUCGUUUGCUUGGUGGGAUCAGCUGGGGAAUCACCUCUGCCUUUGGCCCCCUCAUCGAUGAACUCUAUGAAGGAUCCACUGACUUUGGAGCACAUUCACCACCAUCACCAUAUCCCAGGGAAUAAACUCACUUCCCUACACCACACGCCACUUACGAUGGCGUCAACUCUGCAGCCCUUACAACGGGCAGUGGACGCUAAACACCGGCUAGAUGUGCACACCGUCUCGGACAGUUCUAGUCCAGAAUCAGUAGAAAAAGAGAAGGGUCAGAGUAAAAACGAUGACUCCUCCGACGACCCAAAGAAGAAGCGGCAGAGGCGACAGCGCACGCACUUCACCAGCCAGCAGCUCCAGGAGCUCGAGGCCACUUUCCAGCGGAAUCGCUACCCGGACAUGUCCACGCGGGAGGAGAUCGCUGUCUGGACGAAUCUCACGGAGGCCAGAGUGCGGGUGUGGUUCAAGAACCGCAGAGCGAAAUGGAGGAAACGGGAGCGGAAUCAACAGGCUGAACUCUGUAAGAACGGCUUCGGCCCUCAGUUCAACGGACUCAUGCAGCCCUAUGACGACAUGUACCCCGGGUACACAUACAACAACUGGGCUGCCAAGGGCCUCACGUCCGCCUCUCUGUCUACCAAAAGCUUCCCUUUCUUCAAUUCCAUGAAUGUCAAUCCCCUUUCCUCGCAAACCAUGUUUUCGCCGCCAAACUCCAUCUCCUCCAUGAGCAUGACGUCUAGCAUGGUCCCUUCAGUGACUGGCGUGCCAGGGUCUAGUCUCAACAGCCUAAACAACUUGAAUAACCUUAGCAACCCCUCUCUAAAUUCGGGCGUCCCAACGCCGGCGUGUCCUUACGCCCCACCGACGCCUCCCUACGUGUACCGGGACACUUGCAAUUCCAGUCUGGCCAGCCUGAGACUGAAGGCAAAGCAGCAUUCGAGUUUUGGAUAUGCCAGUGUUCAGAACCCGGCCUCUAACCUCAGCGCCUGCCAGUACGCUGUGGAUAGGCCGGUGUAACUACGGGCAACUCCACACGCCCAGGGUCAUUGGACAGAGGGACUACUUUUCUUUUCUCUCGUUUUUUCUUCAACAAAAGGAGCACUAGAGACUGAACCACUAAAGCAAGCGACAUCCCUGGAAUUUCAAACCUUUGUCGGAAGUAAUUAAAUUAGCCCUUUUUGAGUAUUUCGUUGCCCUACGCCGGCGUGUGCAGAACUUAGGAUACUUUAUUUUAUAAAGCUAUUCCUUUUGACAUUUCGGAUUUGGGACACUGACUGACCGGCUGUAUAUAAUAUCUAUGUAAUUAUCAUCUCCAGUUUGUAGAAGAGAAUGCUCUAGCUCUCCAUACCUUUCAAUUUAACACCGCAUGUGAGAAGAAAAAAAAUCCUAAAAUGGAAAAUGUUUUGCUUGCAAUCAAGGGAAUGUACAUACUUAAGGCACCACUUGUGUGUUCCUAACAUAUUACAAAUGUAUUAUUAAAUGUCUGUGUGAAUAUGAAUUUAGAUUAGAAAACUUGGGUACUAAGACGCAAAUGUUGCUGAAAAUGGUUUUUGCUCUGUGUAUACUAUUUGGUACCGAAUUUUGUUUCGUUUUUUCCAACAUCCCAAAAAAUAAUAAACUAUUGUGUUUUAUUUAAUGGAAGUAAA